AUGUCUGGUUCGGCUGCUGAGGACCCGGAGGCUCAGGAGCCCUUGGUCUCCCAAGCCCUGGUGACGACGUCGCCUUCUCCUCCUGCUGCGCCAUUACUCCCAGUCCGAGCGACGCUGAGCCAGGCCGCAACAACCUCCGAGAAGGAGAAGCGGGCCGCCGCUCAAGCUGCGGCCGAUCGCGAGGCGGCCCUGAAGGACGCUGAAGCCGCCCAUGACCGCUGCCGGGCGCUGGAGGACAAGCUGAAGAGUCUGCGCGAUGAGCACACAGAAGAAGCUCGUGGCCGCCAGGCGAAGGAGGAGGAGAUGAGGGCCCGGGAGGACGCCAUCAAGAACCGCAACGCCGAGCUGGGGGAGUUGGCGAAGGCGCAAGCCACUGAAUGCAGCCGGCUGGAGGAGCUGGAGCGGAAGGUGGAGCUGAAGGGGGCUGAUCUCGACGCGAAGGCGAAGGUCCUGGCUGAGGACCGUGCGGCCUUCGCGCUUCUCGAGAAGAGGUCCCGUGUGGCGCUGAAAGCACUUUACGAGAAGGGCCUGGAAAAGCUGCUGACCACCGACGAGGAUGGCCCUGCUCAGCUGCUUCCCUCCUUGGUUGCCGCGCUUGAGGAGGUUGUGAGCGGCAUUGGUCCUAUGGCCGAGGCGGAAGCCCGCGUUCUUUCCUCAGCUGCACUGACGCGUGUCUUCAGUCACCUCCAUCUUCGCGAUCCAACUGCCCGCCUGGACGAGCGGCUAGAGCCUGUGGACGAGGAGCAUUGUGCGGCUGCUGCCGCAGCCGUGAAGGGCCACGUGGAGGCCCUGCUGAAGAAGUUCCACGGCUUCGCUCUCGCGCCUUCGACCGGCGGUGCCACCGAUCCUGCGGCUCCGGCUGGCCGUGCAGGCGAAGGCGACGCUGCCAAGGGAUGA